AUGUAUGGACACAUUAGCAAUGAAUUUUCUUAUGACAACUUUGUCCAUUUUCCAUUACCAGACAUCACAAGUACUACUACUGCACCAUUAGCCCUGCCCCUGCCCCAUCUCGCAAUUCCGAGCAACAACCACGACUCCCUUUCGGCGUUCAAAACCGAACUUGAAAACAAUAGCAGUGGAUGCAGCAGUUAUAUCGGAUCUCCAACUUCAAUCACCAGUCAUGGAAUUUACGCUUCGACUUUAACUCAACGGAGCAUCAGUAGCCACUCUCUUCACAAAAACUUCGAAGGCUGCUCUCCAGUGGAUUCAUCCCCAGUCAGGAAGGCUUUAAGCACUGGUGAUUUGCAGCGAUCCAACAGUCCAUUGUCAAGUGACAGCAGCUCUAUCAUAGAAAGUAUGAACAAAGCCUGCCGAUACAGUCCAGAGGAGAAAAAAGAGAGAAUUGAAAGAUACAGAAACAAGAGAAAUUUGAGGAAUUUCAACAAGAGGAUUAAGUAUGAAUGCAGGAAGACAUUAGCAGAUAGUCGACCACGCAUUAGGGGGAGAUUCGCGAGGAAUGAUGAAACAGAGAAGAUGACUCUGAGUCAUUGGGAUCAUAAGGGUGUAGAGGAAGACGAGGAGGGCGAUGAUAACUGGAUCAACAUUCUCAAUGCUUUUUCUGCAAAUAUGAUGCCUUGA